UCUUCUUUGAAUUUCAUCCCACUUUUUGUCUUGUAAAGGAUCAAGUUACCAAGACAAUACUCCUCAGAGGAACCCUUGAAGAUGGUCUCUACCGUUUUAGCUUUCAGCUUCACAAAGACAAUCAAACAACUCCAAUGCAGCCAAGAAAAGAAGAUUAUUAUGUUAAUUUUACUGCUUUCAAUAACAAUUUGAGAAAACUUUGGAUGAUUGUAAUAUCUCUUAUAAAAGAGAUGAAGACUCUUUUAUUUGUCCAUCUUGCAUUACGGCAAAGAGCCACAGGCUCCCUUUUUCAGAUUCCAUAUUUAUUGCUUCUCAUCCUCUUGAAUUG